AUGAUUGGAUCAUUUCUGUCCAGAACACUUCUUAUGAUUUUUGGCUAUGCCUAUCCGGCUUACGAGUGUUUUAAAAAGGUGGAGAAAAACAGUAAAGAUAUUGAACAACUCCUGUUUUGGUGCCGGUACUGGAUUUUAGUUGCAGUGCUUACAGUUUGUGAGAGAGUAGGGGAUCAUCUCAUCUCUUGGCUACCUAUGUACAGUGAAGCAAAGCUGGGAUUCUUUAUGUAUCUUUGGCAUCCGAAAACGAGAGUACGGAACAGAAUAUGUUUACAACUUUUUUUCCGGCCUUUCAUGGCAAAACACGAGACAGAGAUCGAUCGUAAUUUGUUGGAGUUGAGGAUGAAGGCUGAGAAGAUUGCCCAUAUUUAUCGGCAAAAGGCUGCAGCUUAUGGACAGAAAAAGUUUUUUGAAAUUUUGCAGUAUGUUUCUUCUCAAUCAGCAUCACUGCCUCAUUCUGAUCAGCAAGAAGGGCCAAAUGCUAAAAAUGGAGAACCUUAUGCAUCCAGUUCAAUUAGCGAGACUACUACAGAAAAACAGCCCGAAGAACAUCAGUUACAUUCAUCUAGUAGUGCUUCUUUGUCCCAGCAGUCACAUGAGCCAGCAAGUACUGAAUUGGAAGAACAGCCAAGUGAACCAAUGCUAUCCUUGGAGAAUGGAGAUUCAGAUUCCCCCCGGCAGGAAACUGUUUCAAAGGAAUCUGUCCAGCUAAAACAUGGAAGAUGGAAACUGUUCCAGAGCCCACAAAAACCCUCAAAAUCCUAG